AUGGCCAAGAGCCUUGUAGGAGAGCUGCCCUUGCGCGCCGCAGGCGCCAGUUCCGGACGGAGAGGAACGUAGGACCAACGCACGCGCACGGGGGCUGCGGUGCUCACGUCGUGAUGGCGCCCGCCGCGGCGCGCGCGCGAGAAGCCGCCGAGGCGCCCGCGCCCGCGCCGAGCGUCGAGGACGCGGCGGCCGGCUGGGCCGCGGUGACCGAACUCAUCGACGCGCGGAUGCAGGAAGCAAUCCUUCACCAUCGUUAUUGCGCCGAGUUAGCGAAUCAGAUGCGCGAGUCUAUCAAGGACGUCGCGGCUGAAUAUGUCUGUCCGCUCACCCUGGAAUUGCCGGUCGACCCCGUCAUGGCUAAAGAUGGCCGGAUCUACGAACGCAGCCACAUCCUCGCGUGGUUGAGCCGGAACGCAACGAGUCCGGUCACCCGCGAGCCCAUGGGAACGGAAUUGACACCGGUGCCAAUAAUUAGGAACUCAAUCGAAAAGCUCGUUAGUAGCGGCGCUAUCGAGGGCGACAUCGCCGAGGCCUGGCAGAAAGCCUCGGCGAAGAAGCGGGCGGACGAGAUGCUAGUGAAGGAGACGCGCGCGAAGGCGGAAGGCGGUGAGGGUGACGCUAUGUAUCUGCUCGGCGCGUGGUACCAAUUAGGCAUGAACGGCCUCGCGGUGGACAAGGCGCAAGCCCGCGCGUGGUACGAGCGCAGCGCUGCGGCCCGCGACCCAAGAGGGCUGGCGACGUUUGGUUGCUUUCUCCUGGAUGGCAUCGGUGGGCCCCAGGACAAUGUAUUUGGGAUCAUGAAUUUGGCCCAGGCGGCGGAGCUCGGAUCGGACUAUGGCGCGUAUAUACUUGGCCACGCGUUCUUCAGUGGCGAUGGCCUGCCGAAGGACCCCGUGCGAGCGCGAUACUGGCUGAAGAAGGCCGUCGACGGCGAGUGCGAAUUCAAGCUCCUGUUCCAUGAUGACAGAUCCGCUGCUGAGCAAAUGCUCGAGGCGCUGGAGUCCGGCGGUGGAGUAAUUUCCUAGAGUAAAUGAA